CUGAGUAAGCUACAUUUGAGGCACUGGAGAGCUGGAAUAUAUCUCCCUGUCGAUCCAAGUGAUUAGUAGCGCCUUUGACUUCCACUCCUAUCAAUCAAGUCCCUAUCCUCGCUCGGGUAGAGGGUCGAGGGUCGAUCCCCAUGAAUCGUUAUCGAAAUGCCCCCGGGCUCCGAGGCCCCAGCAAGGCAACCGCCAGCACCAUGUGCCAAAAAUGCUUGAAACGAGGGCACUACAGCUAUGAAUGUAAAGUCACGGCGCAGGAGCGGCCCUACAUGUCUCGCCCAUCGCGCACCCAACAGUUGCAGAACCCGAAGCUGCGGCCGCAAUUAACAAAUGAUGCCCCCAAGGAUACGUUGCGCACGAAAGAGUCUAAUGAUGAGCCUUUGACAAGGCACGAGGAGGAGCGAGGUCGCAAGAGAGAUUUGGACCAGGUGGACCCUUUGGGUAGUCGGACUCAGAUGUCAAAACGAGCGCGAUCGGCUUCUUCGCACUCAGCGAGCUCUGUAUCGACGAUUUCGACAAGUCGGUCUCACUCACGGUCGCCUUCCCGUCAGCACGACCGGGCAAGAUCUAUGUCCUCUCGUCCUUCCGGCCAAAGGAAAAGACGCUAUAGUGACUCUUCUUCCACUCACUCCGUUGCUUCUUACACCUCUGGAGAAAGAGGCUCUCGGUCUAGGUCGCGUGAGUGGUCGAAUGACCGGAACACACGGCGCAGACGUCGCGCCUCAAGUCCGGAGGAACGAGGGCGGCCCAGAAACAUAUCGCGGGAUGGGGGACGACGGGACAGGUCCAGAAGUCACAACGCGGACCGCAGUCGAAUGGGCACAAACAGAAGAUCGAUGUCUCCUACGCUGGCGACUGAGAGCGACUUCCCAGAUCCGAGAGACCGCAAGGCGCAAGCCCGUCCGGAUCCCGUGAGAAGUGGCGGCGGACGUGGCCUCGGUCAGGGACCCCCGCCGCCCCGACGGGAGAGGAGUCUCAGUCCUUACAGCAAACGGAUUGCGCUGACGCAAUCAAUGAACUUGGGACGUUAGGCAGCGUGUGAUUUUGGAUAGAGAAAAGUCAUUAGGAAGGAUGCGCAGGCGUAUGGCGUUCUAGCUCUAGAUAAUUACCGGGCCACUGUACAAUAGGAGAGUUGGUUGUGAACGACGC